AUGACCGACUACACUACUUUCAUUGAUCCUCUUGAUCUUAUUUUACAAGACUUUUCUACAGACCAAGUGCAUCGUAACGUUCCAAUGACUUUAAUUGGAUUUGGAUUUGGAACGCCGAUCAUUCCAAACACUUCAAGAAAUAGUCUAGCAAGAACUUGGGAAGCUAGCCCGUCGUCGAAAUUAUACGAAUAA